GGAACACCCAAGUCUAUAUAUCAUCAGUCAUAGCACCCACCGCCUCUCCAUCUGGGGUUCAGUCUCUAUCAGGGGGCUGAGUCGAGGUAGCUGACACCUGUCGAGAGCUUGGAUUGGCCGGUGCGGGACAUUUUGCACCUCUCGCCUCUUGUCUACUCUGACGCACUGAAGAGGCCUGAUUGAGAUAAUCCUUUUCUCCGCACUUGGUUUGCGCUAUUCUCAUUUGCCAGUGCUCGACUCCGCCAGGCACUCAAGUCAUUCAUCUCUUACCGUUACCCAACAUGGCCCGUUCAAUGCUCGCAAAGAGGAUCUGGACGGCACCGGCCUUGGCCUUCAAGCCGUCGAUAUGCUUCUCAUGCAGGGCCACUAUCAGAGGGCUGUCGUCUUCGCGAACACAGAGCUCUUCCCAGACUGAGGCCCAAAACAAGUUACUGGGUGAGCAUCUCAAAGAAGCCGAUCCCGAGAUCUACGAGAUCUUGCAGCGCGAGAUACGUCGCCAGAGACAUUUCAUCAAUCUCAUCCCUUCCGAGAACUUCACCUCUCAGGCCGUGUUGGACGCCUUGGGCAGUGUAAUGCAAAACAAGUACUCGGAGGGCUAUCCGGGAGCACGAUACUACGGGGGCAACGAACAUAUCGACGAAUCCGAGAGACUAUGUCAAAAGCGCGCCCUGGAGACAUAUCGCCUGAGUCCAGAAGAGUGGGGUGUCAAUGUCCAACCCCUGUCUGGCUCUCCCGCAAAUCUUUACGCCUACUCAGCCCUCCUCAACACGCACGACCGCAUCAUGGGUCUUGAUCUUCCCCACGGUGGCCACUUAUCUCACGGCUAUCAGACUCCCACAAAGAAGAUAUCCAUGAUCUCUAAAUAUUUUGAGACCCUACCAUAUCGCCUGGACGAAUCAACAGGAUUGAUUGACUACGACAAGAUGCAUGAGUAUGCCCUUUUGUACCGCCCCAAAGUCAUCAUCGCCGGAACCUCUGCGUACAGCCGACUGAUCGACUAUGAACGCAUGCGAGCCAUCGCGGACGAAGUGGGCGCCUACCUGUUAUCCGACAUGGCUCACAUAUCCGGCCUGGUCGCUGCGGACGUGAUCCCCAGCCCCUUCCAAUACUCGGAUGUGGUGACAACCACCACACACAAAUCCCUCCGUGGCCCUCGAGGAGCCAUGAUCUUUUACCGUAAGGGCGUUCGCCGAACCAACAAAAAGGGCGAGAAGGAGAUGUACGACCUCGAAGGUCCUAUCAACGCAUCCGUCUUCCCAGGCCACCAGGGCGGCCCGCACAACCACACCAUUACCGCUCUUGCGGUUGCAUUGAAACAGGCUCAAACGAAAGAAUUCAAGGAAUACCAGAAGAUAGUCCUGUCCAAUGCGAAAGCCCUUGCGGAACGGCUCGGCAAUUCCGCAUAUACAGGCGGUUUGGGCUACAACAUUGUUAGUGGCGGGACAGACAACCACUUGGUGCUCGUCGAUUUGAAGUCAAAGGGUAUUGACGGUGCUCGCGUCGAGCGCGUGCUUGAGUUGUGCGGCGUGGCCGCGAACAAGAACACAGUGCCUGGCGAUAAAUCUGCCCUGAGGCCUGGAGGGUUGAGGAUGGGAUCGCCUGCCAUGACAACCCGAGGUUUCCAGCCAGGCGAUUUCACUCGCGUGGCAGAGAUCGUCGAUCGAGCCGUGUCGAUCGCGAUCAAGGUGGACAAGAGCGCUCGGUCGGAUGCGGAAGCGAAGGGAAAGAAGAAUCCUGGAGCGGUCAAGAGUUUCCUAGAUUACUUGAAUGAUGGGGCCGAGGUCGCCGAAAUUCUGACUCUGAGGCAGGAAGUGGAGGAUUGGGUUGGGACAUUUGCAGAGCCUUGGGUCAAGGACACGACGACUAGCUGAGAGGGAAACUCUGUGCUCGGUAGAUUGGAACGAAUGACGACGAUGACGACGAGAGUGACAGUUUCCAGACCGCCCGACUUCCUCAGCUGGCAUAUCAUCACGAAAGUCGGGCAGUCGUUUGCUCGCGGGGAGUUUAAUGGGUAACAAAAACAAGAAGUUGAAAGUGGUGAGUGGGGUGUAUCUCUUUCAGCGUAUCCAUACUCGGGCGCAUGGCGAUCUUCUUCAGUCCCAGUACCUCGUGAUGGCCGGAUAGAAGAAGAAAAAGUGUAUUGCGUACCUUGCAAAAAGAUAAUCAAUGUCAACAAGACAGUGUCCUUCAACUGCAACGGAAAUUGAUGCCAGAUGAACAACUUCCACAUGCUCCACACACGACCAUUAUC